AUGGGAGGCUCCUCUUCCUGCUGUGGAUGGUUCCAGCCCUCUGUGUCUGCCGAUGUGUUGGUCGUGGGCGCAGGUCCUGCAGGUGUUUCUGCUGUAGUGGCACUUCGUUCACAGGGCAGGCGAGUUCUGUGGGUGGAUCCUGAGUUCAACUCUGGACGCCUUUGUCGUUACAUGGACGUGCCUUGCAACACCAAAGUGGACAUCCUGGUCUCCAAGAAGAACUUUGGUCACCCGCUUCUCAACGACAAGGAGGUGAACAUCUCCAAAGCACUGGAGACGUUGAGAGACACGGCGCAUGAGCUGAACGGCAGUAUCGAUCCUUCUACCAUGGGAUGGACCUCUUUGGGUCGUUGUAAAGACGUGUUCCAAUUGGCCACGAGUCAACUGCUCGAUGCAGGAGUGCCACACGUUCGGGGCAAGGUAACCAAGCUGACACCUUGUGCCAACGGUUGGGAGGCAAUCGUCCAAAAGGAUAGGGGACGUGAACAAAGCCUAAAGGCCUUCGCCGUGGUGUUGGCAACUGGUGGCGAACCGAAGACGUGCGAAGUGCUGCGGAAUUCGAAGAAGUCGAUGUCGCUGGAGGUUACCUUCCAAAAGGAGCAACUGACUGCCGCCUUGGCCCCUCAGCAGCGUGUGGCCGUGUUGGGCAACUCCCACUCCGCAGCCGUGGCGUUGGCCAAGCUGGGCGACUUGGCGGAGCCACUCAACCUGCGCGUUUGCUGCUUCGGGCGUCGCGCCGUGCGGUGUGCCGAGUGGCUGCCGCAACACGACUGCUACAAGUACACCUCCACAGGUUUGAAGGGCUUCGGCGCCGUCUUUGGGCGGGAGCAGAUGGAGAAAGGGAACAGCUGGUUGGAGAUCAAAGAUGUCAAGGAUUUUGAGGAAGAUCAGUGGGAUUGGGUGGUCGAUGCCACUGGCUACAAGCAGAGUGCUUUGCCAGAGAUUGUGGGCACCGAUAGCUCUCAGCUCCUUCGAAACGAGGCUACAGGUCGUUUGGAACCCCCAGCGGGCGCUGCUGUUUCCAUGGGAAAUGCGCAGCUCUUUGCAGUGGGUGUGCCAUGGGGCGAAGCCCCUGGCCGUUUCUGGGGCAAAGGCUUUGAAAACGUCGAAGGCUUCAAAGGUGAAACGACCUUUACGGGUUUCAGCCUCUUUAUGGACAGAGCUCUUCUGAUCACAGAGGAAAUUAACGGGGCCAUGGCAGUUGAAAGCAAGGUUUAG